AUGAAGACGUCAAGACCAGAGCUGCCUUCUUUCUAUGUCAAUCCAUCGCAGCUAACCCAUAUGGCGGUGGAUUUGAUCAAAACGGUCCGAACAGGGACAAAGCAACUACUCGACAAGCUCUCACCACGAGAUGCCACAUUUGAAAAUGUCAUCUUGCCAAUGGCCAAGAUCGAUAACGACAUCAAGGGCAAACAUUCUUUCAGGCGUUUCGCCCUCAUUGGAGCUACUCCAAGCAUCCUCGGCCGCUGUGAGCAUGGUGGACACGGCAUAUUUAGAGAUUUUCAGGACGAAAACUUGUUUGCAUUAGUAGAUGCGCCAAAUGGAAAUCGAAGACCGAAAGUUUCUCACAAGCUUUAUUCAACCUGUAUCGAUAAUGGUCUUGGGCUAAAGGGGAAGAGAAAGAAACGGUCUUAUGAGAUUUCUAAGCGACUCAUUGAACUUCGAGUUGCCUUCACGGAAAAUCUCAGCUUGGGCCCUGGGUUUACGUGGAAGGAAGAAGAGGAUUUAGAGGGACUCGGUGCCGAAAUAAUUCAAGCACUUCCCUUGCGUUCCUCAAAUGGCCAGAGGGGCGUACCGCUGAAAAAGACCUAUGAUGCGGUCCUCCCCAGCUACGUUCGAUCUGAGACCCGGAAAGAGGCUUUUCUUCAAAGCCAAAGGAUAUUUGCUGAAAAUGUCACGGUCUUUGAAGAGAUUAUCAUUCUUCGAGAUGAAAGGGCUCGGUUGCUUGGUUUCGAGUCAUAUGCACAUCAACAGGCCCGGUCUAAAUUGCUGAAAUCUCCACAGGAGCUCAAGACCAUGCUAGACGAAGUUUCUCUUCAUUUGCUCCCUAUUGCACAGACAGAGCUGGAGGCAUUGCAGCGCACUAAAGAUCCAUCGGGGAGGCUCUUCUAUCUUUGGGAUUUUGACUAUCAUCACAACAAGAUGUUGCGCGACAAUUACCAGGUCGAUCAUGAUCUGAUUGCGGAGUAUUUCCCUGCCAAAGUGACAAUUCAGAACAUGCUCAGUAUCUUUGAAACAAUCCUCGGUUUAAAGGUUGAAAGUUUGAAGUGCAUUCGAGGUGACUACAUCUGGCACCCAGAGGUCAAGAUCUUCAGUGUACAUGACAGAGAUACAUCUACCUUUCUUGGCUUUCUCUAUUUAGAUAUAAAUCCUCGUGAUGGGAAAUUCAACCAUGCGGCCAAUCUUAACAUAUUCCCUUCCUACUCGGUUCCUGUGGGUAUAGAUCAGCCUUUGGUCUGUACAGCUUUGGUGCGGAACGUGGUACACCACCUAUCUGACGAGCCAGCUCUUCUAAAGCAUCACGAGGUUAUCACACUCUUUCAUGAGCUAGGCCACGAACAGUUGCAGAUUUUAGUGAAACCCCAACCCAGUUGCUUGAAUAUUGAUGUUGGGUGCCGGAAUUUCUUCAGCGACUCAGUUGCCACUAUAGCUAUGUCUCUCCGGAUGCUGAUGAUGAUCAUGAGUAUCGAUAAACAAGGGGAUUUUGACAAUGAGACAGGUCGCGUUCAGCCUUUUCACUUGCAAAUUCACUGUCCAGCUUCCCAUGGUGCCGUCAAGUCUAUGGACAUCGGUGCAACCUAUAACUCCCUUUUGAAAAGAACAACACUCCUGCAGGGUCCAGAUAAUGAUGCUCAAUGGGGGCAUGGUUGUGCGACCACACCUCAUUAUAUCUGGGGCCAAGAAGCGAACUACUAUUCCUACUUCACCCGUAUAUUGGCCGCUAACAUGUGGUGGUCGAAUUUUCACUCUGAUCCAAUGAGUGAAAAAGCUGGUCUCAAAUAUCGGAAGAUGAUACUCGAGCAUAGGGACAGUCACGAUGAGCAGACAGCCCUUAGGGGAUUUCUGGGCGGGGAACCAUCCGUCAAAGUAUACUUAAGAUAUCUCUAG